AUGUCAUCGCCACAAGGAGGUGCAGUACAGCACUCUGACGACGAAGAAAGAUAUGUACCCGAUAUCUACUCAUCCGACAAACAACAUAAAUUACAAGAUUCCAAACUAGUUGAUUGGGCUGUAUUUUCCGAAAUUUUACAAAUGGAUGAAGAUGAGGAAGGGUUCUCUCAACAAUUGGUGGAAACGUUUGUAUCACAAGUUGAGGAAACUUUUGAGAAAAUUGAACAAUAUUUAAAAGAAAAAGAUUUGGAGCAAUUGAGUUCAUCGGGCCAUUUCUUGAAAGGAUCGGCUGCUGCUUUGGGAUUAACUGCUAUAUCAGGUGAAUGUGAACGUAUUCAAAAUUAUGGACACAAGAUUAAUUUUGAUAAUUUUAGUCAAAAGGACAAAGAAGGUGGUAAGGAAAAGUCUACAAAGGCCACACUGGAGAAAGGUGAUUCAGAAAAGACCAAUGGAGAGACCACUACCACCACAAACAAAGAAGGAGAAUCGACGUCGAAGGAUGCAACAAAACUGGACACCACGACCAGUGAAAAGGCCACCGGUAAGAGCAUAACGAAUGAUAAAGAAGAAGAAGCUGAUGAUGAAUCCGGUGAUGAUUUUUGGAUAGCGGCAAUUGAGGAUGCAUUGUCUAGGGCUAAAGAUGGAUUCAUCAAGACAAGAAAGGCCUUGGAUGAGUUUUAUGCGUAA